AUGACCACGCUCGUCGACCCCACCGUCUCCUCGCAACCCAACACCUACAAUCCGAAGAAUAUUUUCCCAUCGCUGAUCACGCCCACUCGCAGCCCCGUCGUCCCGCUUCCCUUUUCCGCCCGACAGCCAGACACGAUCCGCCUGUACCCCCUCUCCAACUACACCUUCGGCACCAAAGAAACCCAGCCGGAGGAAGACCCUUCGGUGCUGGCGCGGCUGCAGCGCCUAGAGAAACACUAUGAGCAGCACGGCAUGCGACGCACGUGCGAGGCCAUCCUGGUCUGCCACGAGCACAACCACCCGCACGUGCUGAUGCUGCAGAUCGCCAACGCCUUCUUCAAAUUGCCCGGCGACUACCUGCUUCCCGACGACGACGAGAUCGAAGGUUUCACCGCCCGCCUCAACGAUCGCCUCGCGCCCACGAACCCCAAAGAGGGCGACCUGGACUGGCACGUCGGCGACUGUCUCGCACAGUGGUGGCGCCCCAACAACGAGACCUUCCUCUACCCUUUCCUGCCCGCGCACGUCUCCCGCCCGAAGGAGCUGAAGAAGCUGUACCUCAUCCACCUGCCCCCCAGCAAGCUGCUGUCCGUGCCCAAGAAUAUGAAGCUGCUGGCCGUGCCGCUGUUUGAGCUGUAUGACAACUCGCCGAGGUACGGCCCGCAACUAAGCGCCAUACCGCACUAUUUGAGUAGGUACCGCUUCGAAUUUGUGAAUGAGAAUGGCGAGGUGGAGGCGAGAAUGCCUGGAGUCGGUGACUCGACAUCAAGGCCACAGGUUAAGGUGCUGGCCGAGGGCCCACAGGAUGACGCUAUGAACGGCGCCCAUGCGAAUGGGGACGAUGUGAAGAUAGAAGACGCAACUUGA